AUGGCUACGAAGAAAGAUAUGCGGAGGGCGGAUCUCGUCAUACCAUAUGUCGAGCCCAAAGAAGAAAAGCCUACCGAUUUUGGCUCAACGCUGACGAGCACUAUGCCCAUGGCGGCCAUGUUUACCAGAAAUAGAAUGCUCGGCUGGUUUUCGCUAUUGACCUCUCUCCUCAACUGGCUGGGUGAGACCCCAGCACAGCGACAAAGCAGUGGUACACCAGGAUAUUUGUCCUUUGGCAUGGCAGUUCUUGCUGUCACUGUGACGUACAUGCCAUUGUUUCUCCCACCACCACCGAACCCAAGCGGUGCAGCAGCUGCAGUGCCGCCCGUCGGCUCGACUUAG